CUCCAAACUCACUAGUUUCAGCAUCAAAGAAAGACAGGGGGAAGUAGUGCACCUGUCAGUGUUUUGGACAGCUCCUCGUAGAAGAAGAAGAAGAAGAAGAAAUAAUGCACAUUAAUGCCACUAAAAAAGCAUAAACAGAAGAAGAACCAGGAAAAAGUAGCGACGUACUACAAUGGACGGACUUAAAGCUGCUACAGUGGAGCAUUAUAAGGCGGCUAUGGUGCUGAGUGGUGCUGGUGAUGCUCUGGGCUACAGGCAGGGGAGCUGGGAGUUCAAUUUAUCUGGACCAGAUAUUCACAUGGAGCUGCAGAAGCUCGGUGGUUUGAAAAAAAUCACUGCCAGCCUUCCUAAUUGGCCGGUGAGCGACGACACAGUCCUGCAUCUUGCAACAGCUGAAGCUCUGGCAACUGGUAAGACAGAGGAGGAGCUCAUGCAUGAGGUGGCGGCUCGUUAUGUGGAGGGGAUGAAAGACAUGAAUGGGAGGGCGCCUGGAAACACAACCAUUUUAAGUGUUUCCAAACUGAGGCCUGGAAAGGAAAAUGGCUACAGAGUGCCAUAUAACCCCAAAGGGGCAGGCUGUGGAGCAGCCAUGAGGUCCAUGUGCAUCGGUAUGAGGUAUCCGAAGCCUGACCAGCUGUUGUCUCUCGUGUUUGUUGCCGUGGAGACGGGGAGGAUGACCCAUCAUCACCCCAUCGGUUUCCUGGGAUCCGUGGCAUCGGCUCUUUUCGCCUCAUACGCCAUCCAGCGCCGGCCGCUUGCCUCCUGGGGUCUGGGCCUGAUCAGUGAGGCCUGUCCUGUAGCGAAGCAGGUUAUUAUAGACAGAGGCUUCGCUGUGGAGGAGAACCAGAAGGAAUGGGACUCCUUCUCUGAGAAGUGGCAGCGGUACCUGGACCUGAGGGGCCUCUCUAAUGGAGAGGGCCCUGUGAUCUGGCCCUCUCCCUACGGUGUUGCUGAGCGGGAUGAGGCCUAUAAGAGCUUCAGUCUGACUGGCUGGGGGGGGAGCUGCGGCCACGAUGCUCCAAUGAUAGCACUGGAUGCCUUGCUGGGGGCCGGUUCUGACUGGGAGGAGCUGAUGAACAGAGCUGCUUUCCAUGGAGGUGACAACGACAGCACAGCAGCGAUCGCUUGCUGCUGCUGGGGUCUUUUAUACGGCACCAAGGGGGUCCCUACAGGCAACUAUUCCAAGCUGGAGUACCGGGACCGACUGGAGCGCUCUGCUAGGCAGCUCUAUGCCCUGUCUCACUAAAAACAGACCCAAUGUUGUCCAACUCUACUUUAGCAGAGUUGGACAACCCCCAACCUUAGAAAGUAUGGAACACUUUCUAAGGUUGGGGGUUGCAAACAACAAAUCUGGGUUCUAAACUAAAUAUGAGAAAUAAUAUUACAUAAAUUAAUAACAAUCGGAAAGGCAUAUUUAUGCUACAAUUGUAAGGGCAGGUCAAAAAAGCUGUGCUUUCAAAUAUAUAAAAACGUUUUAUUUGUGUUAUCAUAGCCUAGUUUUAAUAUCUGAACAAAUAGUCGGGGUCAUGGGUGUCUGUCACUGUUAUUAUGUGGGCCACAAGCUGAAAGUCUGGAAAGUACAGCCUUAAUGUUUAUUGGUGCACUUAGAGAAAACCAGAUCAGCGAAUAUAGAAAUCAGAGCUUAUAUGAAUAGAAAAAGCUGCAUUUAAAUCAUUUUAUUUAAUCUAGAGACCCUGACAUGAUGCAGAACAACGAAACACAUUGUCUUUAUUUUCCACCACAGGGUGGCACAGUUUGUCUUCAGUGGGCAAACAUUAGCUCUGUAACAGAGCUGAUGAUGGAUGCUGGCAGGUGGCCAUUAAUGAUGCCAGACAGCGAUUCCCCGUAGCUGAUCCACGCGGUCACUUCUCACCACAAGAGGACGAUCAUCAGAAGGGAAGUGCUGGCGGAGGAAGCGAGUUAGGUCAUCAGGAGGGAGGGUGUUUGUCAGCAUCAGGGGCCAUAAAGGACGAUAGUGAGAGAACCACUGUGAGGGGAAAUAAAAAAAACAGAUCAGCUACUUUGAGACAUGCUUGGUUGGACUGGUGGUUCCAGUACUAAUUUGUCAUAUGGUUUUCACUCCUUGCCGUACUGAGCUGUGUAGAUUGCAGCAUUAAUGUUAGAAACAAGAGACACUAACAGCUUUCCCCUCUCACUUAAAGAGCACUUUUUUUGUUUACAAAUUUUGUAUUUAAAUUAUCUUUUGUCUUCAGUUCAUGAUGGUUUAUAUUCAAUUUAAAGACCAUCCAAGCGUUUUCUAUACCCGCUGAUCCUUUUUGGUUGCAGGGGUCACUGGUGCCUGUCUGCAGUAGUCACUGGGCGAGAGGUGGGGACACCCAGGACGCUUCGCUGAUCCAUUGCAGAUCAAUGCAUGCUGCAAUGCCCACUCAAGACAAAAGUAGUGAUGACAAAGUCUGCAGCUUCAAUUUGAGUUCAUAAAGUGGUGAUUUUAUCCCGUGAGGAGGACGAGGUCUGAGUGUAUUAGCUUGGAGACCUAACAACCCGGGACCCUUGAAAACCAAGUCUGCCUGUUCAUCAAUCAGGAAGUGACCGAUGUCAAGUAUGUCUUUCCAUAAGAGAUUUUACUCUUACUCUACUACUCUUUCUUAUGGAAAGCUCUCAAAACAUUAUUUGCCAGACAUCAGAAGAUGUUUUUUAUUAAAAGGGCACAUAAAACGUAAAAAGCACUGUAAAAACAUUUUCUUACCUGACCUUUAUGCUCCCAAACAACACCCCCAGCCACCUCUUGGUCUGGCUGUUUACUCCCUGCUCAAGCAAUCAGUUCUAGCCAUGGGAUAAACUGGAUUGUGUCAUCUUCCACAGCUUUGUGUUGUCCUUCCUCUUAAAUCCAAUAUUCCAGUUAUUUCAUGUAACGUUUUUGGUUGGUGAUCCUCCUCUCUAUCUGUGUUUGCUUCCACGGAGCUCACCAACAUUCACUGCAUCGAUCAUCUUUGCUGCUAAAGUGCUCUCUUUGUCCUUUUUGUCUAUGUUGUCCAUAAGCUACACAUGCAUUCGACAUGCUGCCAUUACAAAACAGCCCUGGUUUUAUCUGUUUACAGCCUUCAUGAUGUUGCUGUAAGUUAGUUAGAAAAACAUUUGAGAAUGCUCUGAAAACUACUUUUACUUAAAAUCCCCUGAUUGUUUUGAUUAAUAAGUGGAAAAGAUGGAAAUGACAUGAUUGUUAUUAGUAUUUUUUUAAAUCAUUUAGUUGCCUAUUAAUCAUCGCUAUUAAUCUUUCACUUUUCUGCAAUUACCUCUCAACAUGUUGCUGUUUUCUACUCUUGUAGUUUUAAUGUUAAUGCACAUGCUAUUGUUUUGAUGACUUUUUCGCAUCACGCUGAGUCACCAAUGACAAUUAGACAUUUGGCCAACACUUGUGCAUUCACUGUAAUAUUGUACCUUGAGUAGAAUGUAUUUUAUCUGCCUUGAUAUACCUCAAUGGCAGCUGGGAAUGUAUAAUUAAGAACCCCAUUCUACUGCAGUAUAUCGAUUAUAUAGUUAUUUCAACCAAAUGGCUUCAAAAGCAUCUUCUGUUAAUUCACUCGCUGAUGAGAUUUCUGCUGCUGUGCCCAAAUAUUUACCCUCUGGCCCUGCAGAACUCCACCGAGCAGCACCACCCCUCUGCACAGGUUGUGGGUUAAGUUCUGCUUGGCGACAGGGAGAAGGUACAGUUAAGCUUGAGUAAACCUGACAAAAUGGCUCCCAGGUUGGCUCUGAGGGAUGAGAGACGUGGUCGCAGUGAACGCUAAAUGGGUGAAGUGUUUGCAUGAUCAGAGUGUGUGAAAACAGGAUGGAAAAAGAGCACUUUUGUCUAUUUUGUUCUAUGCAAAUAAACUAACCUCAAUUAAUAAACUGCUGUAUUCUUUUCA